CAGUCAAAUUCAUAGAAAAUAGUUAAGAAACAUUUGAUGUGCAUUUUAGUUCCGACACUCUUUAAGGAUAAAAGAGUGUUGUAAGUGAAGGUGAUUCAUAGACAUCUAAAAAUCCUGUUUUAACUAAUACACCGUUGUUAUACAGAUUACAAUACGAAUGAGCGGCAACGUCGCAUUUCAUUGCACCAGAGACAAUAUAUUUUGUUUUUUUUGUAAUGCUGUAUAAUUGAAAAGCCGUUUUUUAUUGUGGUUCGCCAUAAGGCUAUGGAUAUUUAAUUUUUCUGCAUUACAAUUGGCAUUUGACAGUUGAUAGUGACAUUGACAUUCAUUUCAUAUUUCAUUACUUAUUUUUGUUUUCGUCAGUUUCCUUACAAAUUAUUAUAGAUUAAAUAGAUUUAUCGCCUUGUUCAGUGCUGUGCCUUCAUUUAUUAUACAUUAUCUGAGCCCCGACUCCCGACUAUCAUUAGAAAAAUGGAAGGAAUACCGAAGCCACUUGUAAAGAAAAGUAGGAGCGCAAACUGGCUUACCGAAGAAAAGGAGCUAUUGAAGACGUUGGUGAAGGAGCAGGUAUCGGUGAUCGAAAAUAAAAACACGGAUGCCAACACCAAUAAAAAGAAAACCGAUGCCUGGAACAAACUUUGUUCUACAUUCAAUGAAGUGAACAGCACUGGGCUACCACGUACUGUAAAGAAUUUAAAGACCCAGUGGUCUAUGAUAAAAAUGGACAAGAAAAAAGAGCUAUCCAAAGAAAGAAAAUCGAUUAUGAAAACUGGGGGUGGCAGCCAGUCACCAGUCAACCACGACGAUGAUGAGAUACUGAGCUGGCUGCCAAAUGAGUUUGUUGUCGACUCAAAUGAAUUUGACAGCGACUCAGUCAGAGCUAAUAUACCUGCAGAGACACCAGCAAAGGCACCAUCUCCGCUUAUAGAAGUAAUUUAUGUGGUGUCUCCUGAAGCUGUAGAAAAUAAUGACAAUAUAGAAAUGGACACCUUAUUGUCCACCCAGCUACCCCUCACUGAGAGCCACCCACAGCCGGAGACUACACACACAGCGCCUACCCCCAAACAACCUAACCCCAAACGCUCAAAGGGUAGUAAGAGGAAACGGCAAAAUAAAUUGAAUGAGGACAAUGAAAAUAUAGAUCUAAAUAAGCCUAUGGAGACAUUAAUUGCGAUGCAAUUAAAAAAUGAGGAAAAGAGAUCUAGGAUUCUCCACUUACAAGAAAUUUUUUGGGAAAAAAAAUGUGGUUCUUUAGAUUUGAAGACGGCAACAGAGGAAGAAGAUUGUAAUUAAAAAUUAUAAUUAAUUAAGAAUUAUUUAUAAGACUGAUUAUUUAUACAACAAUUAUAUGUGAUUAUUCUGUGAUUUUAGUAAACUUAAUUAAUAAUUUAAUAGCUAGUUAUAAUUUAGAUUGAAAAAAAUAAAAAACUCCCAUAAUUACAUUAGUUUAUUUUCUGUUAGCCCCUUAAAAAACUUAGUAACACUUACCAAC